AUGUCGUUACAGAACUUAGGUUAUGUGUGUUCACACCUGCAGAACUGUUUGAAUGUGAGUUUGCCCAUGGCGGCCAUUCCUUUCAACAGACUACAUCUGCAACUGGCCGUUGGUCUCUACAAAAACGGUUUCAUAAAUUCGGUGACAAGAGGCUCCAUCGCAGGCCCAGAUGCCACACCAGUGGAAGUCACCCCGGAUAAUAUCUCUACCAGAAAGCUGUGGUUAGGUUUGAAGUACAAGAACUCGAAGCCAGUGAUGUCCAAACUGAAACUUGUGUCGAAGCCCAACAGAAGGAUCUCGUUCAACAAGGUGGAGUUAUCGGAUCUUGCGCAUGGUAAGAAGGUGAGGAUUGUGGAACCUCUUUUGCCAGGUGAGAUUCUCUUUUUGAAGGUCGAAGGUUCGAAUGAGGUGGUGGAGCUGCACGAGGCUGUGAAGAAGGGAUUAGCUGGAACUCUCCUAUGCCGUGUUAAAUGA